UUCUAUUCCGUCCACAACCAUUUGAACUAUUUGAAGUCAAGGUCAUUUCUGGCGUUGUCCAAGUAAUUUACGUUUCCGGAUCUAACCUAAGGUGAUUUCAUGUCAAAUGUCCAAUCGUAUUUACUCUGCGUUGUACUCCAAAAUAGCAAAUUCACAAAAUUCUUCAGAAGAUUCUGCUUUGUUACCUGGACCAUUACUCAGUUUUUUGAAGUCGAAUAAUACAGAUGGAUCACAGAACUCUACUAAGGAAUCUAUAACUCCCACUGAAAUCGAGGCACAAGGUCGUCUUACGUCUUGGUUUUAUCAAGCUGAUGCUGAUCCUUUAAUGCUUAAAGGCAUGUCUCGACAGCAGCGUCUUAUGGGGUUUUUCUUAUGUCUUCUUUCAGCAUCGUUAUGUCUUUGUUUGGCGAUGCUUUUCUUGCCAGUUAUUGCAACACCUUUUGGUAUGCGUAAAUACGUACUGUUGCAUACACUUGGUAGUAUUUUAUUAAUUGGGAGUUUUUCAUUUCUUUGGGGCCCAUGGAAUCACAUUAGAAGCUUAUUUAGCACUGAGCGCCUGUUUUUUACUUUAAGUUAUUUAGUCAGCUUACUUGGUGGCUUAUAUGCUGUGGUUGUGUGGCAGAGUGCCGUAUUUUCAGCUUUGGCCUUGAUCUCCCAAAUUUGUUUAGUUGUAUGGCAAAUUAUUACCACUAUACCUGGAGGUAAAAUUGGCUUGAGCGCUUUCUUACGUGGUAGUUUGUGGACAGUAAAAGGGAUUUCUAAAGGUCUACCUGUUUAGUUAUUUUUGCGUUACAUGUUGCUCCCUGUAAAAAAGGGCUGAGAUAUUUUUCUGACAUUCUGUCGAGGUGAAUUAUGCUAGCCUCAUCACUAGAUUUUAUUGAUUUUCUGAAGACGGUUUGAAUAAUAAUUUAUUUAUAUGCAAUAUCA